GAAUGGUGAUGUGUGUGAGUGUGUAGGGACCGUGGUGUGCGUGUCUAUAUGCAUGCGUGUGUGCGUGUUUACACACCUCGAGCUCUCCGAUUGUCCGUGUCACUGUGCCAGUCGGAUCUGCUCCUGCUUUCCCUCACGGCCACAGCGGCUGAAGCAGAGGACCAGGCUGCGGCGAUGAGAGGGAGGAUCCUGAAGAAGAAUGGCCAGCUCUGGUUCUCAGGACGUGGUCUGUGGGUCAGUGACGUUUAGGGAUGUGGCUGUUGACUUCUCUCAGGAGGAGUGGGCCUGCCUGGAUGCUGCUCAGAGGGUCUUAUACAGGGACACGAUGUUGGAGACCUACAGAAACCUCCUCACAGUGGUGGGAAGUUCCAUUUCCAAACCCAAUCUGAUCACCUUAUUGGAGCAGGAGAGAGAGCCCUGGAUAGCCGUGACGGAAGAAGCAGACAGACCCAGCCCAGAUUUAGAGUCAAGUUAUGAAGCUGAAAAUAUAUCUCCAGAAAAUAUGAAUUUACCCAAGCAAAGCACAAAGCAAUUAAGAAAAUCUUUUGACAUCCAGGGUUCCAGUUUUAGUAAUGAUCCCAACUGUAGUAUAUUCAAGGGACUACAGAGUUAUCAAGAAGGAGAUGCUGAGCAAAAGAUUAGUAACAAGGAAAAACUGCCUAAUUACACCGGUCAGACUCUUACUCACAGCAGAGAAAAAGUCUAUGAAUGUAAGGAAUGUGGAAAGGCCUUCACUGUUCUGACACAGCUCACUCAGCACCAGAACAUUCAUACUGGAGAGAAAUCACUUGAAUGUCAGCAGUGUGGGAAGGUAUUUAUUAGUGGUUAUUAUCUUGUUCGACACCGGAGUAUUCAUACUGGUGAGAAACCCUUUGAGUGUAAUGUCUGUGGGAAGGCUUUUAGGCUUCAGGUAUACCUCUCUGAGCAUCAGAAAACUCAUACUGAUGAGAAACCUUUUAAGUGCAAGCUGUGUGGGUCAGCCUUCAGACGUAAGAACCAACUUAGUGAGCAUCAGAAAAUACAUACUAAUGAGAGACCCUAUCAGUGCAAGGAAUGUGGGAAACACUUCCGUCGACGUUCAAAUUUUACUGAACAUCAGAGUAUUCACACUGGAAAGAAACCAUUUGAGUGUAAGGAAUGUGGGAAAGUCUUUAGACUUAAUAUACAUCUCAUUCGACAUCAGAGUUUUCAUAGUGGAGAAAGAUCUUUUGAGUGUAAAGAAUGUGGAAAGACUUUUCAUUUUUCCAGCCAGCUUAAUUGCCACAAAACCAUUCAUACAGUUCAAACACCUUUUGAGUGUAAGGAAUGUGGGAAGUCCUUCAAGCAUGUCUCCAGUCUUGUUGAACAUAGAAUUAUUCAUGCUGGUGUGAAGCCAUAUGAAUGUAAAGAGUGUGGGAAAACCUUUAAUCGUCGCUCAAACCUCAUGCAACAUCAGAAAAUUCACUCUGGUGAGAGACCCUUUCAGUGUAAGGAGUGUGGAAAAGCCUUCACUAUUCUGUCACAGCUCACUCGGCACCAGAGUAUUCAUUCUGGAGAGAAAUCAUUUGAAUGUCAGAAGUGUGGGUCAGCCUUCAGAUUUCAGUACCAACUUACCCAGCAUCAGAGAAUUCAUAGUGAUGUGAAACCUUUUCAGUGCAAGGAAUGUGGAAAGGGCUUUGUUCGUGGUACAGCUCUUAGAAUUCAUGAGAGAAUCCACACUAGUGAGAAGACCUUACAAUGUUAGGAAUCUGGGGAACCUUUCAGUAUCAUUACCAAUUUUUUGGACAUUUUAGAAUUCAUACUAGCAAGAAUCCUUAUGAAUGUACACAAUGUGGGGGAGUUCUUUAUUCGUGGUGAAGGCCUUAAAGUACAUCUAAGAAUUCAAACUGGUGAGAAACUUUACCAGUGUUAAAGUGGGAAGCCCUUUAGUGAAAAUCAAGCUUGGUUUGACAUGCUAAAAUUCAUAUUAUUAAGAAGCCUUAUGAUUUAAGAAAUGUGAAGGCUGGUCUACAAGAGCUAGUUCCAGGACAGGCACCAAAGCUACAGAGAAACCCUGUCUCGAAAAACCAAAAAAAAAAAAAAAAAAAAAGAAUGUGAAGGCCUUCAGUAAUUCUAAGAUAGCUGUAUAUUAGAGAGACCAUUAUGAUGAAAACCCCAUGAAUAUAAUAAAUUUGGGAAUUUAUAGUGGUGAGAAACCCUAUAAAUAUAACAUAUGAUGGUAAUAUUUAGAUUUAGUUCAGCUUUUACUACACAGUGGAGAAUUCAUACUGGCACAAAACUCUUAUGAAUGUGGAAAGACCUCAACUCAAGUGCAGGCCUUCUUCAACAUAAAAGAAUCCAUGCUGAUGUGAAACCCUUUGAAUGCAAGGAAUGUGGGAAUAUUUAUAGAAUUAGCUCAGCUCUUCAACCUCAUCAGAGGGUCCUUAUAGGUCUGAAACCCUGUGAAUGUAAAGAAUAUGGGAAAAACUUUAUUGUAAACAAUGAGCUUACACAAUAUCAGAAAAUCCAUUAUUAUCAGGAGUCUCCUGCAUCUAAGGAAGGUUAACAAGCCUUUAAAUGGAAAUUUUACUAAACAUUAGAGAACUCAUAUUGUCAAGACUGUGACUGAAAAGAAUGUGGGAAGAAUUUGAAUCUGCCCUAAGCUUUGGUUAACAUCAGAGUAUUCAUUUGUUCUUGAUGAGGAGAAACCCUUAGAGAAUGAGAACAUGGAAUCUCUGUUCUUCAGAGACAAUAACUCUGUUGAGAAUGUCUAUGUUAA